GCACCACCGACCAGAGCUCUACCUGUUCAACAUGCCAGCCCGCCAUUUCGUCCUCGACGAGUCCAUUGCUGAAAGUAAUGCUGGGAAAUUGAUUGGUCGUGUCGUCUUAGAUAUAGCCUCACCGCUGCAAGCAUUCGCACCCAGAGAGGCUGUGGAGGAAACCUCAUCAGGACGAAAUCCACAAGACAUCAUCCCAAAUCUGCUCCCUAGUCCCCUCCUGUCGACAAACCGGAAAGAUUUCAUCCAAAAUAACAUUUCGGGGGAAGCACGGACUGGUCUCACCGAGUUCUUCGGGUUCAACGUCGCGAGGACCGACGAGGAGAAGUUGACUCUGGAAAGCAAGGUGGUCAAAAGAUACUCGCUGGAGCAGACCAAAGAUUCCUUCGGUAGACUGAUGAAAGAUGAUGCUUACAACACCGAGGUUCGAGCUUUUUUGAAAGAGCAUGGUGUCCGGAAAGCUUACUUCGUCGUUGGAUUCAUCACCACAGAAGGCUCCGUUUGGACUCGUGAGCGGACGCGAGGACAUUCAGCUGGCAUCAAAGGACAGGUUCCAUUAUCAACUAUCGCUCUUGGACCAAUUCCUGGACCCGAUUUGAGUGUCAAGCUAUCGGCAUCAGACAACAAUGUGCGCGGACAAAAGUUUUCGUCGAAGGAGCCUCUGAUCUUUGCGGUUGCGUAUGAUGUCGUCAAGGUGAAAAGGCCUUUCGAUAAAUCAGUCCCUGGCUAUUUCAGAGACGAUGUUGUUCUGGGACCGGCGAAGUAUGCAAAGGCGAAGCAUCUUGCUAUGGGAAGAGAUGAAGAUGAAGUGAUUGAGGAAGAGGAAGACUCGGAGGAUGAAACUAUGCAGGAAGACGAAAUUGAGCUUGGUGGUGGGUUGGAUACAAAGGACCUUAAAAUUGGGUGGAACGGGCUAAGUUUUGAUGUAGAGACGAAAAGGAUGGAUUAAUCGUUUGUGGAAUGACUUCGUGACCGCACCGAGUGGGUUGUCCAGAUUCACUGCUCGAAUAUUUCCGGCGCAAAAACGAUAUCCAAGUUGGAUAACCAUUCGAGGCUUUACUCAAUCGCGCGCAAUUGAGGGACGAUGAAUAAUGACAGAUUUUGUAUUCUUAAACGUGAUAGAAUGUAACGAUACCCAACCCCAUGGGUCUGUG